AUGUCAGAAGACGGCUGGAUCACAGAGUCUGUUGUGCAGUUUACCCGAAGUCCACUCUGGCGUACACCUGUUGACAACUUUGUGGAUGACAAUUGUUGGCUCUUUACGGAUGAUACUGAAAUGAAAGUGGAGCAGACGGAAGUGCAUUUCGCAUUCCGUAAACUUAUUGAUGAACUUCUUACAUCAUUCGUUCAAGAUAUAGGCGUCAGUUUAGAAAGUGUGAUUGACGCCGUACAUCACUCUGUUGAAGGAGCAUCCAAUGAAAAGGAUAGUGCGGAGCAGUUUCUCAAUUACAUUUUCUACGUGGAUGAUUUCCGCUCUUUUCAUAAGAUGAUGGUAAAACGAAAUAUUCAACUUGAUAUUCUCGCCUCUCGAGCCUUGGAGCAACAGGCUAAAGGUGAAGAAGGCUCUCUCAUUGAUGAAUCCACAUUAGAUGAGGAGACGGCGAUAAAGUUAGCCAUUGAGGCCUCUCUUCAGGCUGAGGCCAAUACACGUAAAGAGAUGGAAUUAGAGGAUGUUCAAAUACAAGAAGCCCUCGCCUUAUCUAUUGCGGCAGAGGAAGAACGUAUUCGUCGGGCUGGUCAAAUAGUUCAGGAAGAGGCGGCAAAGGAGGCCACACAGGUGGGAACUGCAGUGGCAGAGCAAUCAAAGAAUGAAAAGUUAAAUGCAUUAAAUGAGGAACGAGAACAUGUGAUUGAAAAAUUGGAAGCACGUGCACUUGAAGUACGACAGGAAACUCUCGUUCGACACAUUACCGCAACGCAGGAAGUUCCACCAACAUCAUCUGGUAGUCCAUCUCCAAGUAAAUCACCAUCGAAACAGGCAACACCUUCAAAACCAACAGCAGUGCAUAAUGAACAAUCUGUACUACCAAAGAAUAAUACUACUACUACAGCAACAGCAGGAGGAGCAGGAGGAGCCCCACCGGCUUCUACAGCUCAGAAGAGUGUUGCACCUCUGCGUUCAGCCCCAGGUAAGGGAUUUGGAUUUAAACCACUUCCAUCUAUUCAACCUUCUUUCAAGGAACUCAAGGAGACUGUAGCAAAUACCGUUACCCCAGUGAAGCCGGAACCCGUACAGACCUCUUCAACUCCACCACCUCCUACAUUAGAGGAGAUGGAGGCACGAGCACGAUAUAUGCGUGAGCAGCGAGAGAAAAUAUUAAUGCAGAAAAAAGCAAGCCGAGAAAAGGAGUUACAGGAGUACGCUUCUAAAGGUGGUAAAGCAAAUGACAAGUCAGAUGCUCUUCCAGAUGGUGAAAAGCAAAUGACACUUGAAUUGGCACGGCGUCUUCGUGAGGAUAUUGUUCGAGAGGCAACCAAAUAA